ACCGCGAUAGCGUUUAAACGUGUGCUGCGUAUUGAUUUUGUGAAUAUUAAGUCAAAAAUAAUAAUUGUAAUAAAUGAAAUUUAAUAAAUCAGUGAAAAUAAAUCAAGCAGUGUACCAGGAUUGCAUGAGCUGCGGUGAGGCGUAGCCGACUCAGUGCGAAGGAAACAACAUCAGAGAGACGGCAUACGUUAUCGUCGCUGCGUCUAUCCAUGCGAAUGCUGUGUACUUAAGGGGCUGCCGUGAGUCAUAAGCGAGAGCGUUUGGCGGAAAGUUUGUAAGGAGCGGCUUUUUAUUUUUAUUUUUUAUUUUUUCUCUUUUGUUAAUUAAAGAGACACUAAUUUUAUACACCAUGCCUCUCAAACGUACUCCCCCACCUACAAAAACAUUAUCCGAUACCGAUUUAAAGAACGCUGGUGUGGCUGAGCCCGAUGUGGACCUGAGUGCGAGUCUACAGAAUAUUACUAAAAAUCGCAUGAAGAGAAAGCAUGGUGAUGCUGAAAUGCAGGAAUUUAUUGCUGAAAUGCGUACUAUGUUUGCAAACUUUGUUUCGGACCAAAACUCAAAAUUGCAAACUCUUCAAGAAACUAUAAUGGAAAUAAAGGAACAAAAUAGUAAUACUCAAACUUUUAUCGACAUGAUCUCUGAAAAAUAUGAUGAACUACACAAGGAAAUCGAAAAACUAAAAGAAGAACGUAGGGAAAACUGGUCUUACAUAGAGAACUUAGAAAAUAAGAUUGAAAAUAUUGAGAGAAACGUGUCUUCUAGCAAAAUAGAAAUACGGAAUGUCCCAGUUUUACUAAAGGAGAACAAAGAAGUGCUUCUUAACCUGGUACAAAAUAUCGGCAACAUCCUUAAUCUACAACUGCAAAAAUCAGAUUUCCGCGAUGUAUAUCGAGGUUUCGCUAAACCAGAUAAGAUUAAACCUAUUAUUGUGGAGUUCUCAUCUGUCCUACACAAGGAAAAAUUGCUAAUGCUCGCGAAGAAGCUGAGAAAGUCUGACCCCAAUUCUCUCAACACCUCGCGACUAAAACUUGAAGGAGAACCGAAACAGUUUUUUUUGGCUGAGUGUCUUACUGCAAGAGCGAGAAGACUAUUCUACUUGUCUCGCGAUUUUGCGAAAACAUUUAAAUAUGGUUACUGUUGGACAUCCUAUGGUAAAAUUUACUUACGUAAAAAAGAAGGCGCACCUCAAAUACGUAUUAAUGCAGAAGCAGAUCUGACAAAAUUAAAAAAUGCUGAAAGUAUCUGACUAAACCCUGAAUUAUCGUUAAAUUCUGCAAUGAUUUUUUCGUUUUUCUCUUUUGUUUGUUUUAAUAAACUAUAUCACACUUUACACAUAACCCAUCGCUUCUCGUUAUAUAUUAUAAACAAAGACAUGAUAUUUACCUAUUAUAUACAAACUAAAACAUUGUGUUACUUUUCCC